CAGUUUUUUUUUCGGAACAAACAGUUGAAAUUUUCUUUUAACUUCAGGACAAGCGUUCUGUCGCUGUCGCCGAGUGUGGUUCGGUGGAAGGCGCGCACAAGAAUUGUGCGUCUCGAGUUCAGUCGUUGUUACAACUCGAGUGCGACCGAACUCGCUGCGGUAAUUAUUGAUCAAGAAAAUAAUACAUGUUAUACACCAAUCAGUUUUCCAACUUGAUUUAUUACAACAAUGCCACGAACACGCAGGGGGGCUAAUUUGAGUCGUCAAACAAACAGAUCUAGAGGCAUGCAAGAUAGAAGAGCAAUAAGAUCAGAUGCAGAAAGGCAACAAAGUAAUGCAGAUGUCCGUGUAAGAAUGGCGCAGUUACGUGCAUCACGAGAUGAGCGAAACCAACAAAGACAAUUGGAACGAAGAGAAGCGCGCAGAUUCGUAGCCAACAGACGUAGAGGGAUUGGCCAACAUCAACAAGUACUUCGAGCAUUUACAUCACAUUCAUUUCUUCGACUAGCAUUUCAGUAUGAGCCUGAUGUUGAAUAUUACGCUCAUUCCAAAGUGGUAAUUGGUACAUUGGACAAGGAAUGCCCGCACUGUCAAGCCCUUAAAUUUAAAAAUGAGCCAAUUGGGAUGUGUUGCUCAUCAGGAAAAGUGAAACUUCCAGAAAUUGAAACACCGCCGGAACCAUUGCACGGCCUCCUUAUUGGUACUGAUCCAAAUUCUUCGCUGUUCUUGCGUUCAAUUCGGCAAUUCAAUUCAUGUUUUCAAAUGACAAAUCACCUCAAUUCACCAUUUGCAACGCGCAUUGUCAGCGAGCUGGACGCUCUGUUAAAUGAGCACAACGAAUUGUUGAAAUUAUUCAAAUCACGUAUGCAUAAGCUACAAAGUGACAAUCACGCUAUUUUCAUCAAUCCUGAUAGAACACCAGCUGGAGGGCAUAUACGUCGAUUCAACGCACCUGUUGUUGACGACGUGGCUGGAAUCAUGGUUGGCGACCAUACAGCUACGCGACAAAUCGUGAUUGGAAGAAGAAAUAAUUCUCUUCAGUCCAUUCCUGAUACCCAUCGUUUAUAUGAUGCUCUCCAAUAUCCACUCAUUUUUUGGAAGGGACAAGACGGAUAUUGCAUAAACCUUAAGCAACGAGAUCCGGUAACAGCAAUAAAAUUACCAACCGCAAUUUUAAUUUUUCAAAAGCGGGCACAGCGAAGCGUGGCAGGGCAUGUGAACAUGCGCGUUCAAACGCUUCAGGAUCCAUCCGCCGAAACUUUUUCGAAACAGCUAUUAGAUAUUGGCAAUGGGAAAGUUGCCGUACAUAAAAAUACUGGAUCAAUAAAAUUACCAACCGGUUUUUGCACAAUCGUCCACUCGCAAGAUGUUCUCAUCGACUGUAUAUUUCCCGAUGUACACACACAAUAUAUAAAUCUUGAGUGGCUGGCAGAAAGAGCCAUUUUAGCAGCGAAAAAUGUGGACGUUCAUAGAUUAAAUUUCAAGAUACAACAAUUGUUGCCAACAGACUCUGUGUCAUACAAAUCUGUUGAUACAGUUUGCAAUACUAUCGAAGCUGUAAAUUACCCAGUAGAAUUUUUGAAUUCCUUGGAUUUGCCAGGCAUGCCACCGCACCACUUACAAUUGAAAGUAGGAUCUCCGGUGAUUUUGCUCCGUAACUUGAACCCACCACGGCUGUGCAAUGGCACACGAUUGGUUAUAAAAAAAUUAAUGAAGAACGUGAUUGAGGCCACCAUUUUAAAUGGCAAAUUUCAUGCUAAAAGGUAACACGAAAUUCUUUGACUGUUAGGCGUUACGAAGUUCGCCGGGU